AUGGUCAUCACGCAUAACGAAAUGGCCAUCGCUGCUGAUGAACGGGCCAACCCUGCCGCUGAACCGAUUGACGCCCAAUGGGGAGGGAGAAGCCUGUACGGCGGAAGAAGACCCCCACACAGGGGAAGACGCUCCUACAGGGGGAAAAAACCCUUCCACAGUAAAGCACCCCAGGAAGGAACAAAUGACACGGCCAACAUGUCAAAGCUAUGCGAACUGAAGGAGUACUCCCAAUUAGGGGAACACCGAAAUAGCGUUAUCGCCAAUUUCAAUGACCUCUACGGAGCGAAAGGACGUACCAUCACAAAAUCGCUGAUGGAGAUUUUUCACCUAAAUGAAGAUGAAGAAAUUAUGCUGUUCAUUACGCAGAAGUUUUUACACAUAUACGGUUUGUGCGUCCCUUGCUUCAAAUUUAGUAGCCCAAACAGUGUCUGCAGUAACAACAUCAGGUGCAAGUGGUGCCAUCAUUACAGUCACACGGAUACAAAUUCCUCUUUACAUCCGCAUAAAAUGUUGCACAUGAGAAGCAAAUGUAAAGUUUGUUCUUACCUAUCUAGGGAUGGUUUUUGUUUCCUCCAAAAUGAGUGCCAUUUUUGCCAUUCCGUUGAGCACUUACCGUCGAGAGUACGUCAGACGUAUUUCCACAUGCUGAAUGAUCUGUAUGAAAAGAAGAAGCACACCGAUGUGAUUACGAAGGAGCUGCUUUGCAGUCUCCAGAAGGGCAAGACCCACAUCUGCGAUCUAAACAUUUUUGCUACCAUGGAGAAGGAACUCAUGUGCGUGGAAGAUGACAUUCAGGGGGGAGGCCCCAUCGAAGGAGGUGCAGACACCGGAGCAGAAGAAAAGCGAAACAAAGUGGAGACCUGCCCGGAGUGCGACUCACAGGGGAAGAGACCCUGCAGGAGUUACUUCCUUAUUGGAAAAACGCAAACUAGCUGCGCAGAAAAUGGCAGCUGCGUUGAAAAUGGCAAUUGCGCACAAAAUGGCGACUGCCCGGACUGCCACAGCGAGGUGCACAAAAAGAAAAACUCAAAUUUAUACUUUAUGACCUAUCUGCACGAUAGGAACAUGUGUCAAGUGUGCCCCCAUAUUAAUGAGGAGAAGUGCCCCUGCGAGGAGGACAGCGCGUAUUGCCACGAUACGGACCACAUAUCCUACGGCGUUAAGAUGAAGAACGUCCUGGGUGUGUGUGCGGCGUCCUUGAGGGGGGAAUUUUCCGACGAACGCCAACCAGGGAAUGCGCCACUAGCGGAUGUUAUGGGCAACCAGGCAAACGUGACCGAUUCGGUCUCCAUCAACGCGGAGUCUACCGUCGGUACCCGCGCCUCUAACCUGAGCAGGGAGCGACAGGAUCAUCGGCGCAGUCACCGAGUGCGCAGCAGUGCGGGGAGGCACGCCCGCCCCCCCAACGUGGAUGUCCCAAGCAGUGAAAGGAAAAGGGACCCACUGACGAGAAGCACACAAGAAAGGGAAUCCUCCAAAAGGUAUUUACACUCAAGAAGUCACAGCAGAAGAGGGAUGCAUAGAAACGACCGUGAUGAGAAAAAAAACGACAAAGAAAUGGGAGCACCACCACUCGGGAGGUAUACCAAGGAGCACGCGCAUCAUUUGGGAAGUAAUUUUUGCGAGAAGGGUGAAGAGCGUAGAAACGCAGAGGACCCGAGUGACCUGGGCACACAACAGAUGUUUGACAGAGCAGGCCACAGAGCAAAGCGACCGCUAACCCUACCCGGUGAAGCGGACUUUCCAAAAGGAGAGGAGGAGCAAAAUGCGUCCAAGCAUUUUCACCAUAAGGUGAAGAACAACUCCUCCGCCGAGCCUGUGGCAUGCACGGAGGGGGGCUUAAAAGGGGAAAGUAAAAGCCUCAUAACGGGGGAGAACCCAUGGGGGGAGGAAUUAAGAAGCAAGGAUGGCUGCAAUGGCGCGAUGGAGGAGGGGACGACCAACCCGCAGGGUCGAGAGGUGAAAGGAGAGGAGGAGCACCUUGGUAGGCAGCAAGAGGUGGGGAGCCACAUUGGAAGCCAUCUCGGAAGCUACCACGAAGGUUUCCCUGGGAGCCUUCUCUCGAACGAAUACAACUGCGACCAAAGCAGCGUCUCCACGAACGUCGAAAAAGGCAGCAACCACGAGGGGGGGGAUGGCUGCUUCGGGAAGGACCCCCUCGCCUGCACCAGUCAGAGCAACAAACGGGUGGACUCCCUAACCACGCAGGAGGCAAAGUAUCAUUUGAAUGACCUCCACAGUUUGAGUCAGCUGGCCCUGGACGACGUUCGCAGCUUUCAUGAUGAGGGCCCGGGCGAGGAGGACAUCGAGAUUGAGGAGGUCAGCAGCAGGGUGAAGAUCAUUCAGGACGUGCCAACGCACAAUGCGCAGCGGGCGCGGGGGGGUGGCAGAAAUGCUAGCAGGGGGGUUAGCAAAGACGUUAGUAGAGACGUUAGUAGAGACAUUAGCAAAGAUUUUAGCAGCGGUGUUAGCGGUGUUAGCGGGGUUAGCGGUGCCAGCGCUGUUAGCGGUGCUAGCCGUGCUAGCGGAGAUGCGGGUGACGUGCGAAGCCGGGCCAAGGGAAUCCCCAGGAGCGGCCAGGCCAGUUGGAACCAUGUGGCGGGGAAAACGUGGAGGAAGCAAAGAAUGAUGACCGGAGAGAUGACAGGAGCGUAUUCCUUAGAGGAACACGAUGCAGGCAGGUGCGUUCCCUGCGCCUUUUACUUCUCCAGUGGGUGCAACUACUCUCUCCACUGCAGGAACUGCCAUCAUGAGGAGCACCGCAAUUCGUCCAGCUACAUGUGCCACUACAGAAUGCUCCACAGGAUGAGGAAGUGCAAACCAUGUGUUGACUACUUUAGGGGCACUUGUAGGCAUAACCAGACAGGAACGCCCAGAGAAAUGGACCAGUGUGCCUACUGCCAUCACGAGUCGCACAGAAGGCAGAUGGAAAGAAUGGCCAAAGGGAGGGCCCGCAAGGGGAGCAUAUCGAGUCAGUCCUCCUCGGGGUCGAAGCGGCAGUGGCGUAGCUCCACUCAAUCUGCUGCCAAGCCAAAGGGGCAGUUGGGCAGUGCAACUCGAUCUGCUGCGAAGCCAAGGGGGCAGCUACGCAGCUCGAGUCUCUCCACUUUGGAACCAAAAAGCAGAACACGCAGCUCAAGUCUCUCCACACUCGCAUCGAAACAGAAAUUCGCCAGAGAUCAUCGCUCUCCAUCAGGGGUAUAUACAAAAAUGAAUUCAAAGAGUCCAAAUAAAAGCGCCUUAUCCGAUUCUCAUAAAAAAUUAACUACGCCAAAUGGGAGACAGAACGAAGAGAAAGCUCCCCCCUCCAGUAAACGUGAAGAUGAGGGGGAGGACUCCAAGGCGGAAGGACCCAAUUGUACAUUACCCUGCAAAGGGGAGGGCAAAAAUGCCAGCAAUGGUACCCCCAUUUCGACGAAGGAGGAAAAAGAAGCAACAGAUAGGAGAACCCCUAAAGGUGCAAUCAUAAAAAAUAAGGGAGUUACCGAAGAUAAUAACUGGCGCUCCGUGAAGGACGCAACUUUGGGAAAGGGAAUGCCAAAUGGCAGGUACCGGGAGGCGAGACACAUCAGGAAGUAUUCCACCCCUGAGCGCGCCAGCAGCGGGGGAAGCAGCCAAGUGUGCAGCCGAAACGAACGGAACCGUGGCGAAUCCGCCUGGAGCAGCGGAGGCAGCCAACCGUCCGAGAGCCAAAGCGAUGCUGGCCACCGCACGGACUCCCCCCACCCAGGAGAAUCCGAAAAGAAAGGAGUGCUCACCAAGAAGGAGGAGGUCAAAUCCUGGCGGAGGAAAGAGGAACCCAUUAAACAAGGGACUCACAACUUAUCCUCCCAUCACAGCCUCUUGAGCCGACAUGAGAAGGGGGCCUGCCAUCCUUGCGUGUACUACUUUAUAGGGUUUUACGGAUGCUCUAAUGGGAGAAGGUGCCUAAAUUGCCACCACGAAGAUCAUAGAAAUCCCCACACGCUGUUUCAUCCCUCGCGGCUUUUACACGUUAAGAAGCUGUGCGUCCCGUGUGCGAAUUAUUUUAAGGGGGAAUGCACCAGACCGAUGCACGCGUGUGUGUACUGCCACGAUGAGUCGCACGCGGGGGAGGCCAGUUGGGGAAGAGGAGAUGGAGCAAACGGGGGAGAUGCGUCCGCGAAAAAGGGGCUCUCCAAGGGGGACACCACCAAAAAGGGCCGCACCAAAGAGGAGCCCCCCAAGGAGGAAAUUUCUAAAGAGGAUCUCCCCAAAGAGAAGAUUUCCGAAGGGAAAAUUUCCGAUGAGGAUCCCCCCAAAGCCAACCGCGAAACGGGGAAGCAUUUCUACUACGUCAAGCAGGUGGGCUACAGAGAACGAGAUGCGCACGACAGGGGCGUCUGCCACCCGUGUACCUUCUUCUUCUCUGGAAAUAAUGGCUGCCUAAAAAGGAAUCGGUGCCCAAAUUGCCACAACAGAGAGCAUGCAGACAUUCACUCAUCCUACCAUCCGUCGAAGCUGCUCCACUAUAAGGGAAUAUGCUACCCCUGUGUGGGGCACAUGAAGGGCACGUGCAGGCGAAGGUCCUAUGAGUGUGUCUACUGUCAUAAUGAGGAGCACCUCUCGGAGGAUCGCAAAGAUCAAAUGAGAAAAGUUAUUGACUCGGUUAAUGAGAAGAUGAAGGGCAAAAGGAGGGACCACCAGAAGGUGCCCCAUGAGUACACGGAAAAAUAG